UUGGAGCUAAGCGUCUAGUGUCUUCUGUAAUCCAUAAAUGCGUCAUCUGCCGCAAGCUACGUGGACAUCUACAAAAACAGAAAAUGGCAGAUCUGCCGACAGACAGACUUACACCUGAACCUCCAUUCACAAAUGUGGGCCUUGACAUCUUUGGACCAUGGACCAUUAGUACACGUCGCACGAGAGGAGGAAGUGCUAAUAGUAAACGGUGGGCAGUACUUUUCACUUGUAUGUCAACCAGAGCUGUGCACAUAGAGCUGGUGGAAUCCAUGUCAACAGAUAGCUUUAUCAACUCUCUGAGGAGAUUUUUUGCUAUCCGUGGUCCUGCUAAACUUCUUAGAUCUGACAGGGGAACCAACUUUGUGGGUGCAUGCAGAGAACUGAACAUCAUCUCCAAAGAGGCAGUGGUUGAAUCCUAUCUCCAAAGCAAAGGAUGCACAUGGAUCUUUAACCCACCACAUUCAUCACACAUGGGUGGUUCAUGGGAGAGACUUAUCGGUGUAUCCAGACGCAUUCUGGAUGCUAUGUUACUUCAAACAGGACACACUCAUCUCACACACGAGGUUUUGAGCACUCUCAUGGCUGAAGUCAUGGCGAUCAUGAAUGCCAGACCUUUGGUGCCUGUGUCUAAUGAUCCUGAGAUGCCAACAAUCCUCACUCCAGCCAUGUUGCUUACUCAAAAGACAAGCACAGUGUCAGCUCCUUCUGGUGAAUUCAAGAUGGGUGUUCUCCAAGGUAAACAAUGGAAACAUGUCCAGUGUCUUGCAGACACUUUCUGGAAGAGAUGGAAACAGGAAUAUUUGUCCACUCUACAAGUGCGCAGGAAAUGGACUCGGCAAGAGAAAAACAUAAAGGUCGGAGAUGUUGUUUUGCUUAAAGACAGUCAAGCCCACAGGAACGAUUGGCCCAUUGGAAUUAUUGUGAAAACCUUACCAAGCAGUGACAAAAUUGUACGCAAAGUAGAAGUGAAGACUACAAAAGGGGGACAUGCUAAGAUUUUCCACAGACCUGUCUCAGAAAUUAUUGUUCUGCUUUCUGAAGGCUUUUGAAGAUGGACAGAGACAGUUUUCUAUUCUUAUGGUGUCAAAAUAAUAUUUUGCCAAGCGGGGAGUGUGCUGACUCCAUCAUUAUGUUUUGUUUGGUUGGUAAAUUUUAAGUUAAACUAUGGACCCUUACUGACACCUAGUGGACAUUGUUUACAAAUUUAAUUUGGUCAGUGAAGCAGAACUCGUCCAGCUGUACGGUUGGUGUCUUCGUCUGUCCUUCAGACACGUUUGUUCCUUGGACACCAUUUGUCUGUAAGUUCAUUUUAUUAAUCGUUAUUCCAGCAUUGUGUAAUAUUUUGUAGAAAAGUUUUAUGUUUCCCAACCAAUAUUUAAAGCUACAUCGUUAGCUAAUUGGAGAGAAUUGGGAGUCACAUGUUUGCCUAAUUGUUUUCUGUAUCUGUAGCUGAUGUAUACUUUUGUGUUUUGUUACAGUUUUACAAAAACUAAAAGAAAAGAAAAGAAAAGAAAAACAAACCAGCA